GGGGAGUGGGAGUCGUAGCCCGCGGGGCGCGAUGACGGGGGCGGCCGGUUGCAGAGGCUCAGCUGGGCGGGCCGGCCGGGCUCCUCUGGGGCCCUUACUGCGGGAGUCCUGUCCGGCCCGCGGCGGCCAGAGCUGAGCCUCCUGGGACCCAGGGGCGGGGGCGGUGUGGCUCCUGCGCCGGCAACGCCGUCUGGGGAAGAACAAAUUUAAACUUCUCAGGAGUGUGCCUUAAAACUAAAGAGAACGACUGACAACCAUCUGAAGUUGAUUGACCCCCAGGACAAAGUUAGAGGUCACUGCUCAAGCAUAAGUUUUCCUGAGACUGCUACAGAGAUGUUCGAUGUAAAGGCUUGGGCUGAAUAUGUUGUGGAAUGGGCUGCAAAGGACCCAUAUGGUUUCCUUACAACCGUUAUUUUGGCCCUUACUCCACUGUUCCUAGCAAGUGCUGUCUUGUCCUGGAAAUUGGCCAAAAUGAUUGAAGCGAGGGAGAAGGAGCAAAAGAAGAAACAAAAACGUCAAGAAAAUAUUGCAAAAGCUAAACGACUGAAAAAGGAUUGAAGGGAUGAACAGGCUCUGCAAGCAGGAAAAAGUCAUCUGGGAAAUUAUGAAGCUUUGGAAGGACCCCAUAAGGUUUCUUUGGAUUUUAUGCAAGUUGUUAUUGUCCAAGUAGAAGAAUCAUUCUGGAAUCUGACCUCAAUACUGUAGUAGCUUUUAGGCCCAGGCAUAGAUGUUUGUUGGUGACCAUUGGCAGUUGUUACAAAUUUGUAAUGAUUAUACUGGUUGAGCAUCGCUGAUGCCUAACCCAGAGUACUCCAGAAUCCAAAACUUCGUAUGCACAGAUGUGAUGCCACAAGUGGACAGUUCCACAGCUGACCUCUGAUGGGUCUCAGUCAAAAUACAGAGGCUCUAAAAAUGUACAAAAUUUCUUCCAGGCUAUAAGAAACAAACGAUUUUUUCAAGAUGUCUCAUUAUAUAUAUGCAAAUAUUCCAAAAUCUGAAAACAUCUAAAACAUUUCUGGUUCCAGGUAGUUCAGAAAAGGAAUAUUCAAUCUGUAGUACAAAUUCUUUAUCAUUGACUUAGUCAUUUGCCAUUUUUUACCUAUAUUCUGAAAUAGAAACAUCCUGUGGAAACAAAUGACUUUAUAUUAUGAACUCUAUUCAAAUAGUGGUUUAAAACAGAGUCCUGUACUUUUAAGAAUGUUAAAGUCAAACUUGCCCUCUUUGAAGUGAAAGUCUGCUUGGGCUUAAAAGAAACAGUAUAUUAAUCAAAUUUUUUUUUUUAUCAUCAUUGCUUGUUUCUUGGAAUCACUUCUGACUUUUUCAAAGCAAAAUAAUAUUGAUCAAUAAUUACAUCUAUUCUUUAUUUUUCUUAUUUUAGCCUUUGAGACAACUGGUAAUUAUCAAGACAUUCUGCAUUUUUUAAAACCUAAUUUUUGAAAGAACUAUCUUAUUUUGACUAUGUACAGUACCACCUUCUAGAUGUAAUUUUUGUACUUACAAACACUGCCACUUUCUUAGAGAUGAGUUGUUAAGUAACGCUAUGAUUUAAAACUUGCAGUAAAAAUGCCAAACACUGCAAUAUCUUGGAAGCAGUUUUUUUUUGUGCUAAAACUGUGAAAUAGUUAAAAUGUCUUACCAGAUAAUUUGCUCAUUAUAUAUGUAACAUUUUUGUUUUUAUUCCAUUCUUUGUUUUAACUUAGUGGUAAUGCUGUCCUGUACUUCUGGUCAAACAGGUUGAGGUGAAAAUUAACACUUCAUUCUUUUAAAGAGCUCUUAAAGAGUUAAUAUUUAAGCCAUACUUCAUAAGUGGUAAAGAAAGGCCUAAAAUUAGGAAAAAUUUGGGCAUAAUAAUAAUUGCACGAACAGAAUAAAGUAUUUCAAAAUAAGUAUGUGCUAUAGUUAGGUUCUGACUAAAAGAUCUUUCGAUUAAGGAGUACAACCAGAACUUUUGACUAUUAAACAUGGCUUUUCUAAAUGCAUGAUCCAGUCAUUGUAUUUACUGCAGCAUUUAAUAGCUUAUUAAUGUUUUUUGCACCUCUGAUGAUGAAUUUUAAGUUACAGUGAUUAUCCCACAGUUCUAAUUUAAAAUGAAACUAUGAAAUAAAUUUGAUACUUUUUUAUAGAA